CUCCUUGCAACUUGUGCCGGUCUAUGUAAGACCGUAUUAAUAAAAGUGUUCUACACUUGAACUCAACUCAUCAGCCAAAACUGGAAAUGUCGAGCAAGAUUAAUCUGAGUGGCGGGCGGUACGCCGAGGAGCUUCCUGGCGCACUGAUGCAGCGCUACGUCCAAGACUUCACCGGGACUAUGGGGCCGAUGUUGCGCAUUGAGCCCUCUGGCACUAUCGUCACGCACGACUACAAACUCAUUGAGAAGGAAAUAUAUAACUUCAAGUUCCGACCUGAUGACGUCUUGUUAAUGACGUAUCCGAAGUGCGGCACUACCUGGGGCCAGGAGAUCGUCUGGAAUAUGAGGAAUAACCCCAACCUGGACCACCCCAACCCAGAAGAAUAAUUGUUUUCAAGGAGCCCAUUUAUUGAGGCGGACAUGCUGACGUUUGGACUGAUGCAGCUGAUCCCUUUUGACUCAUUUCUUUCCAAUGCCAUGUUUGCAAACUUCAGAUCUCGUUGUCCGAAUUUGGACUCAAAACGUGGAAUCCACCUGCAGGUGGCAGAAUCACUGAAGGAGCCCCGCACCCUCAAGACACACCUGCCCUUCUCCUGCCUCGCCCCCGGCCUCUUGUUUAAGUGCAAGGUUAUCUUCAUCGCCCGUCACCCGAAAGACGUUGUGCUAUCUUACCAACAUCACUGCCGCCUGAUAAAGGGACACGGGUUCACUAACACACAAGACGUCUUCAUCAAGUACUUCGUUGAUAACUUGCUACUUUGGGGCUCGUACGGCAACAUGGUGCGGGAGGCGAUGCAGUAUAAAACGCACCCCAACCUGCACGUGAUGUUCUACGAGGACAUGAAGGCCGACAUCGCCGCUGAACUGCGUAAACUCAACACGUUCCUCGGCACCCGCCUGUCGGAGGGGCAGCUCCGAAACGUGCAGAAGCAGACGAGUUUCAGUAACAUGCAGAGGAUGGACCCGCUGAAGAUGAUGUCGUCUGUGAUGUGCAACGAAGACGUCGCCCAGAAAGACGGAGCCUUCAUCAGGAACGGAGUUUCUGGGGCGUGGAAAGGCAAGCUGACGGCGGAGCAGGAGAAGCUGCUGGACGACUACAUCGCUGAGAACUUCCUGGACCCCGAGCUCAGGGCCAGGUUCAUGUGAUACUUUCAUGUCCGGAUAUCAGUGUUAGCCUCAAGGUCAUGUAAAAAGGGCUCAUAAUAGCUUAGCAAUGAGGCUGACACUGAUGUUUUGAUGCUGGAGGUGACAUCAAAGCCAGAUAAAAUGUAAUGCAUUCAUAUCUACAUGGCAGCACUUCAAAUGUGUUCUUAGACAAGAAUGCACGUCUUUCUUGGUUUUCAUUUGGAUUUUUGUUUUUCGAAACAAGUUAGGCUCUUCCGCAAGCUUAAAAGCUCAGGCUCUUCCGCAUUUGUAAAAAUGCUAACAAUUAUUUAAUUGCUCGAGUAUUUGCUGGGAAUAAAUUUAUUGCGAAACUCUGAGAAGCCUCUUUAUUCCUGGCAACUCGUCUCUUGUAAAUUACC